CAGAACCGCACUGAUCCGGUGUUUGAAACACUGAGAGUGGGUGUGAUCAUGGCCAAUAAAGAGAGGAAGAAAGGCUCUGAGGACAAAAAGAAUAUGAUGAUGAUGAUGAUGGAGGAGGAGGAAGCUCAACAACCGAAGGAGGAUGAAGAGGGUGGUGAAGGAAAGCAAGAUGGAGACAAGAAAGACAAAACAGCAGCAGAUGACAAGGUAAAAGGCCAAUGCACUAGUGUUCAUGCUGUGGCAAACCAACAAACGUUUGCGUUUAACUUUUAAACACUUUAAAAAGUUGCAUGGACUGGUUUGCCAACUUUAUGCAACCUUUAUAAACUUUCUUGUUCCAACCGUGAUUGUGUCCAGAAUAUUGAAUAUUAUUAUUUCAUUAUGAGUUUGUGUGUGUGUGUG